AUGUUCUCCUUGUCUAUGAUGGUAGGACUGGUCCCUCUUGUCUCUCUCCUCGGUUUGUUCUAUUCAGCAACAGUGGAUGAGAACUUUCCUCAGGGCUGCACUAGCAGCAACAAUCCUUGUUUCUACAGUCUGCUGCUUCCUGUAACCAUCCCAGUCUAUGUCUUCUUCCACCUGUGGAGCACGAUGGGAAUCAAGCUUUUCAGGCACAAUUAA